CAUGUGAUGCAUGGACUGACAAGUAUAAACAUCGUUCGUAUAUUUACAUUACGAUUCAUUUUCUGGAUUUAAAGUUGCAGCUACAUAAAUAUAGUUUAAGAACGCAACCAUUUAAUGAAGCUGAUACAGAUCAAUCAAUAAAAGGUCUUGUAUCGAAUGUUUUAAUUGAAUUUGGUAUAAAUCCAAAUAGUGUGUCGGAUAAAGAUGCAAAUAUGCGCAAAGCUUGGAGAUUGUUAAAUGUUAUUCAUAUAUUUUGUGUUGAUCAUGGAAUUCACAAUUUGUUAAUGAAGGAUUGUUUUCAUAAUAUGAAUUACGUUUCAGAAAUAUUAGAUAAAAUUCAAUCAAUUAUUAACAAGCUUCGUUAUCGUCAACAUGAACUUGAAAAUGAAUAUUUUCGAUCGAAUGAAAAACGUUUUAAUGAUUUGCUUUUAUCCAUUGAUAAAACUGUUGAAAUCAUAGAUGCAGAUUUAGCUUCGACAUAUAUUGAUGCUGAUGAUACACAAGUAUUGAAUGAAAAAUUAGAAUGA